UGGACCGCACUCCAGCGACGCGCGAGCAGCUCCGGCGUCCCAGACCAGUGUCCUACAGUGUCCCAGCCACACCAUGAUUGUCAAGGUCGCCGCGAUUUUGGCGCUGGCGGUGGCGCUGGAGGCCCUGCCGGCGGUGCCCGGGCGGGCCGGUGGCCGUGCCGGUGACCGCGCCGUCGGCGCCACCAAGUACAGCAACAGGCCCAACAGCGGCGACGGGUCCUACCGCUACGAGUUCGAGCUGCCCGACGGCUCGCUGCGCUACGAGGAGGGCGCCCUGCAGAACGUCGGCAUGCCCGGCAAGGAGUUCCUGCAGGUCCGCGGCGUCUUCAGCAGGCCCAGCUUCGACGGCAAGAGCAUGGAGCAGGUCAUGUACAUCGCGGACGAAGCGGGCUUCCGCAUCGAGAAGGCGCCCCAGUUGGGGCAGGCGCCGUCCGCCGGCCUGCUCGCCUCCCUCGUGGGCUGACGCCUUGGCUGACGCUCAAGCUGAAGCGGUAGCACCUCUGCAUCCAAAAACCAAAAUUUCUUGAUUUUCACUGUAAAAAAUGUUCGGAAUUUUACCAUACAGUAGUCAAGGAAAAUUCCCAUACAUGUAUAGGAAUUACUGAAAUUCCGAUACAUGUAUAGGAAUGUUCCAAUCUGUAUAGGUUUUUUGCUAUACGGGCUGAAAAUGUAUAGGAAUAUUCCUAUACAUGUAUAGGAAUUUGAGUAAUUCCUAUCCAUGUAUAGGAUUUUGAAGCCCGUGUAUAGGAAUAUGGCCAACUGGAAAACAGAGUUUUCCAUCAACCUUAUUAACAGCGAUUCAAAUCGUUGUAAUUUGAUUAAUUGCAUUCAUUUUUAUUUGGCGGAUUAAAGAAAUGUUUUAUUCUUUUUUUAAAAUCCGUUUGGAUCAAAAAUGACCUUUGCCUUCUAGAAAAAAAACUGGUCUAAAAAGUUUUCCGGGUGCAGGCGUGGCGCGCGAAGGAGUCACCGCCGAAGCAACCAUGUCAUUCGUGUAAACUUCCCUC